AUGAUUGAGGCAAAAGAUCGGGGGAAUUUGUUACGGCCGGAAUAUCGUGAAACGCUGCAGGAACUCAUCAAUUAUCUACAAAAAAAUGUGACGAUCACGUAUCAUGGGGCUGAAUGGUCCUACCGCGAGCUGUGCCAACCGUAUUGCGAGCUCUCUACACCGCUCCUCGUCUUUUUGAAAAUCUACGACGUCGACAAUCCAGCCACGUACACCUACCCGAAUCUCGACGUAUUCGGCACGCAGGCUUUUAUAGGUAACAACGUGUACAACCUACAGUUGAGCGACGAUGGGCAACUCGAGUCGUUCUCCACCGCCAUCCUGCCCUUCUACAUGGUGUCCCACCACGAAGACGAAAAGGUCAUCUACAAUUGGUUGAUCGAGGCGAAGAAGACUUUUGAGCUGCCCGAGUUUUCGAAGCUGUUCGAAUGCGAAAUCACGGGCGAUCUGCUAAUUUCGGCUGAAGUGCGGCGGAUGGGUCUGGAGACAGCGCCGCUGAUCAUCGGCUCCGUGGCGGCGAUGAUUGCCUUUGUCGUGGCGAGCAGCUUUAGGCGAGACCCGUCACGCUCAAAGCCGUGGGAAUCGUUGUGCGGCUGUCUGAUUCCACUUUUGUCGCUUUUGGCCGCCGCCGGAAUUAUGUGCUUCUUGGGGAUGAAGUUCCAAUCGAUCAUGGUAGCCUCGCUGUUCCUAGUGCUUUCCAUCGGGGUAGAUGAUGUCUUCAUUAUAUUGAGAGCCUGGGAUCGCGCGCCGCCGACGGAUCCGGUGGCCGAGCGCAUGGCUUUUACGCUAGAGGAAGCCGGGGCAUCGAUCCUCAUAAGUGCCAUCACAAAUAUUAUGGCUUUUGUCAUUGGAAUGACAUCAUCUACGCCUGCCGUCAAGGCCUUCUCGCUAUUCAGGGCCGUUCUGCUGCUUAUAAUGCUCGUCUACUAUUAUUUCUCCAUCUACGGCAUCCAGCGCGUCGAGACACUAAUUUCGCUCGAGAAGAUGACACUCCCAGAUUCAUACGUUCAAAAAUUCCAAAAACACUUCGAAGAUUCGAUGCGCAGCAUGCAGCCCAUCUCGGUGUUCAUCAAAAAUCCCGGUGAUCUGCGCGACCCGGAGCGGAUGGCGACGAUCAAAAAGAUUGUGGGCGAGUACGAGACGGCCGAGUUUUCCUAUGGGCCCAAUUCGACCUUUUUCUGGAUUCGACAAUAUGAAGAGUUUUUAGAGUAUUACGUUGAUUCGGAUGAUGAAGAAAUUGAAAAGCCAAAGUUCACCUACACAGAGAUCCCCGCCUUUUUCAAGUCGGCAACGUAUUUCUACCUGGAAACCUUUGUAAAAUAUAAUGAGACAGCGUGCGAUGAAGACCGGCCGGAAUGCAUUUCCCAAUUCUUCUUCCUGACAAAUUUCGCUGGGGUUAUCAAAUACCACGAGCUGAUCCCAGCCGUGCAGGCCUGGCGCAGCAUUGCGGCAAAGUACGCCGAGUUCGAGGUGUACCCAUUCUCUGAUCAUUCGCCGUUUGUUGAUCAGACAAUGUUGAUCGACUCGACGGUGUGGUCUUCGGUGGGCGCCUCGCUUUUCUGCACGGCCAUCGCUUGUGUCAUCUUCAUCCCGUCGCUGUUCUGUAUCGUCUGUGCUUGCUGCUCAGUGUUUUCAAUCACAAUCGGUAUCGUCGGCUUCCUGGCGCUGUGGGGCAUCCAGCUGGACCCACUGUCAAUGGCCGCCCUUCUGAUGGCCAUCGGCUUCUCGGUGGAUUACACGGCCCACAUGUGCUUCCACUACUACAAGGCAAAACCGCGGAAUCGUGUCGACAAGGUCGAGGAGGCGCUGUCGACGAUUGGAUGGCCGCUGAUGCAGGUUGGCCUCUCGACGCUGGUGGCCUUGGCCCCGUUGGUCUUCAAACAAUCCUACCUUGCCGUCGUCUUCCUGAAAACGAUCACAGUGGUGGUUAUUCUCGGAAUGUGGCACGGACUUGUUGUGUUGCCAGUGGUCCUCGCUGCGUUGACCAAAGAGGAAGAAGCUCCUACGCCCUCAUCUAGCGAUUCCAGUGAGCGAUCGUCACAACGGUCGCACGAGCGGAAAGAGAGCAUCUAUCGCACGCAGGCGCUGAUCAGCCGAUUACACAAAGAGUUCGGGAAAAGCCCGAAGGUCGGCCCGAUCGAGCCAGCGACAGCUCCAGAAAAAGCCGGCGAGCGACCAGCCUUGACGCAUCGGAUUGCUCUCGGAAGAACACAAUCUUCCGAGAUCAUCGACAAGGAGGGCGUCUCUUCCACGCCAAUGCCCGUCGUCCAAAACGGCGCCUUG